UCACAUAAAUACAACAAAAAGAAAAAAAAUCCUUACCACAAUCAGAAGAUCUACGGUCGGUGCAUUUGCUAUAUUCCACAAAUUUCCACAAAACAGUUUACACCCUUCCGGACAACCAACAAUUCACGAUGAAAAACCUCACGGAAGUGCUGCACAAGUUCUACGAUGAGUACACGCACAAAACGCCCAAGAAGCUGAAAAUUGUCGACGCCUACUUGCUGUACAUUCUGCUGACCGGCAUCACGCAGUUUGUUUACUGCUGCCUCGUUGGAACAUUCCCGUUCAACUCCUUCCUGGCUGGGUUCAUCAGCACGGUGAGCUGCUUCGUGCUGGGUGUGUGCCUUCGCCUCCAGUCGAACCCCCAGAACAAGGAACAGUUCUUCGGAAUCUCACCCGAGCGUGGAUUCGCUGACUUUGUGUUCGCACACAUAAUUCUGCACCUGGUCGUGUUCAACUUCAUUGGAUAGAAGCAAAUCCACCGCUGGUGGGCUGCAUUCAAGGAUGCAAUUAGAUGUUGUAAGUUGAUAAAAUUAAAUUGGUAAAAAUACAGAGCAUGACCGAGCGUGAGUGAACAAAUCCAAACGGUGGCUUGGAA